UAGUAUCUGGGCAGCCACAUUCCCAACUAUCCCCCGAAAGGGGUCCAGCACCCCAACGGAAGGGAUGUUAAAUCCGUUGUGGCUAAGACUCGAACCCGGGUGGCGGGCAGUACAGCUGUACCUCCUUUACCACCAAGCUACGAGCGCUUGGUUAAAUGCUUCGGUUUUAUCAUCAAAAUGUUAUCCUAAAAUACAAACUAAACUAAUUAGAAAACUUUAAACUUCUUACAAACGCUUGAAAGCGAUCAAAAUCAACAUAGCUGCGUUUUCUACGGUCGUGUGUGGCAUGAAAUCACAACAUUGUAGUCUUUUCUCUACCCGGUCAACUUUCUCUGACUUUGAUUUUCCAUGGUAUUCUCGUCUUCAUUUUUGUUUUUGUUUUGUUUGUCUCUCUAUUUAUUAUUAUUAUAUUAAAACUAAAUAUAUAUCUUUUCACACCUUUUUCUUUAUAAUAUGAUUCGAGAUACUGAAAGUUGAGAAACUGGAUUGAGACAAAUAUUGGACUAGGGACAUGUAUCUUCGACAAUUAGAGGGUUAAUAAUAAUAAAACUCUUAUGGUGGUGGUCGAGACAUGUUUGAGUAGCACAAUCAUAUGUAACACGCCUGGUUGAGAUUAUAUUCUCUCUCUCUCUCUCUUUCUCAUAAAACAGUAAAGGGAGGUACUUCUGUUAUAAAGUAAUUCGACCAAGUCCCAUGUGCCUUGUCUCCGACAACUCUCACUCUCUCUCUUCUUGAUCUUGGCUCUGGUUCACAUGGUACUUUCUUAAAAUUUCGUAAUUUUAAGGUUUUUCAUCUCAGAAAAAGUCAGGUGGGUACUAACAAUUCUAUUCGAUCUUUAACUCCUUGAGUUCUUUAACUUUAAAAUAUGAUCCCUUACAGUAACACCAGGUCCUAAAUCCUCUCUCUUUCUCUAUUCAUCCUGUUGGUUAAACGUGUGUGUUGUUCAAUUAACCUAGUCACCGGAACUGAAAAGUUGUGCAGAUCAUUUUAAGGUGUGGAUCAUACAAGUGACAAGAAAUGUACAAGCAUCCAAGACAAGAGACUGAGGCUUACACUUUACCUCCUUUUGAGGCCAACUCUGUUGGGAAACUUAGGUACAUACCGGCUCACAACUCCCUUAAACGGUAUUGCAUGCUCGAGCCAUCAUCAUCAUCAUCACUUGUCUCUCCUGCUUACGCUGUUCCAUCAAACGCUACGGUUAACAGCUCUGCACAUGAAGAUACGUCCGGCUCCUGUGUAACAGACGAUUUUAACGACAAGAUAAAAGAACUGGAGACAGUGAUGAUGGGGCCAGACUCCUUGGUCUUUGAUUACAACGACUCCUUUGAUUCGACGUCGUGUCAAGAGACUAAUAGCUGGAGAUCAACUCUAGAGGCCAUCUCUAGACGUGAUCUAAGAGCUGAUCUUGUUUCAUGUGCACAAGCUUUGUCUGAAAACGAUCUUAUGAUGGCACAUUCGAUGAUGGAGAAGCUGCGACAGAUGGUAUCUGUUUCUGGUGAGCCUAUCCAACGUUUAGGAGCUUACUUACUAGAAGGCUUAGUGGCUAAGUUAGCUUCAUCGGGUAGUUCCAUAUACAAAUCACUUAACAGGUUCCCUGAGCCCGCGAGCACCGAGCUUCUCUCUUACAUGCACAUCCUCUACGAGGUGUGUCCUUACUUCAAGUUUGGUUACAUGUCAGCAAAUGGUGCAAUUGCUGAAGCCAUGAAGGAAGACAACAGAGUUCAUAUUAUUGAUUUCCAAAUAGGUCAAGGGAGUCAAUGGGUUACUCUUAUCCAGGCCUUUGCUGCUAGGCCCGGUGGGCCUCCUCGGAUACGGAUAACUGGUAUUGAUGAUACGACUUCAGCUUAUGCUCGUGGAGGUGGGUUAAGUAUUGUGGGGAACAGACUCGCUAAACUUGCUAAACAGUUCAAUGUUCCCUUUGAGUUCAACUCGGUGUCAGUGUCAGCGUCUGAGGUCAAACUGAAAGACCUUGGAGUCAGGCUAGGGGAAGCUCUAGCCGUUAACUUUGCCUUUGUGCUUCAUCAUAUGCCUGACGAAAGUGUGAGCACCGAGAAUCACCGGGACCGGUUGCUGAGAAUGGUGAAGAGCUUAUCUCCAAAAGUAGUGACUCUAGUGGAGCAAGAAUCAAACACAAACACGGCUUCUUUCUUCCCGAGGUUCAAGGAGACAAUGGAUUACUAUGACGCCAUGUUCGAGUCCAUUGACGUGACUCUCCCAAGGAAUCACAAACAGAGGAUCAACGUGGAGCAGCAUUGUCUAGCGAGAGACGUUGUGAACAUCAUCGCAUGUGAAGGAGCUGAUAGGGUGGAGCGGCAUGAGCUACUAGGAAAAUGGAGGUCACGGUUUGAGAUGGCGGGUUUCACCUCUUAUCCGUUGAGUCCCCUUGUGAACUCCACCAUUAAAAGUCUGCUUAGGAACUAUUCGGACAAAUAUAGGCUGGAAGAAAGAGAUGGAGCCUUGUAUCUUGGUUGGAUGCAACGAGAUUUGGUCGCUUCUUGUGCCUGGAAAUGACACUGAAAACAUUUCACUGUAAUCACAAUCAAAGUGUUUCAACUUGUAUGCAAUUUUAGUUGCUCGCUUGAAUCUUGAAACCGUUAGAAAAAUAAAAUUGAUUUAAUUUAACCUUUGUUCUCA